GUCAAAAUAAAUUCCGAUGCGAACUGUCACGUUUAGGUGAUUUUGUUAUUCGUCAUUUUCUAAUUUCUAUUAAAUGUAAUGAAUUGAAGAAAUCUAUUCAGUGCAGUGAUAUUCGCUAGCCUUGAACUCUAAUUGUCAAGGCUUGUUUGUGAUUGUGAUCUUCGAAAAUGUCUGAGGAAAAUAUAGAGGCGAAUGGAGAUAGUGCUUCGUCACAGCAAAUCAGUGAGAAACGCAUUGGUUGUGCCCAUUACAAACGCCGUGCUAAGUUUGUGACGCCAUGUUGCAACAAAUUAUAUAUGUGCCGGUACUGCCACGACGAGAAUGAACAGCACUACCUGAACAGGAAACUGGUGACCGAGCUGAUCUGCACAGAAUGCGACACGCGGCAGAAGGUGCAGGCCGUUUGUGAGAACUGCGGUGUCACUUUUGGAAAGUACACAUGUCUGAUCUGCAACUUAUUUGACGAUGAGGACAAGAAGCAGUACCAUUGUGACGGCUGCGGUAUAUGCCGCGUGGGCGGACGUGACAGGUUCUUCCACUGCGAGCGAUGCAAUAUGUGUCUGCCUGUGCAGCUGCAACGAGUGGGCCAUAGAUGCGUAGAAAACGUAUCGCGCUCCAACUGCCCCGUGUGCCUCGAGGACAUCCACACGUCGCGGAUCCCGUGCCACAUCCCGGACUGCGGCCACCUGCUGCACCGGCCCUGCUUCGAGCAGCUGCUGCACUCGGGCCACUACGCCUGCCCCACUUGCCAGACCAGCAUGAUCGACAUGGCCAACUUGUGGAGCUACUUGGACUCGGAAGUUGCGGCGACGCCCAUGCCACCAGAAUACGCAGACUAUAAAGCCACCAUUCUCUGCAAGGACUGCCACAAGCUGUCGACGGUGAAAUUUCACGUAGUCGGUCUAAAAUGCCAGCAUUGUGGCGCUUACAAUACUUGUCAGACGAAUGGAUUUCACAAAGAUUCCGCCAACCCUGAAGCGGGUGACUCCUCAUCAUCACCAUCAAGUUCGUCAUCAACAUCGUCCCACAGCGGAUCAUCAUCCGCGACGUCGCAGCCGUGCGAGACAAGGACGGAGGACGACGAGCUGCCGCGUGCCAACCCGCUGGACGAGCCCCCGCAAGCCUGACAAUAGGACCCCGCUCCUAGAUGGCGCCACGGCUGAACUUGUACAGGUGGGUGGCGCCACUGUUGUUAUAUAAUUUUUUUGUGUGUUGGUCAAACUGUAAAAACGAUUUGUAGAAAUGUUAGUUUUUGAUAAAAUAAACUUAUUGGAUUAGACGGGAAGUUUCAUAGUCUAGCGCACUGUGAUAGUCCAUUAGCAACGCUCAAGUAUCUACCGUAUUCCAAUGAUAAUAAAGUCCAUUUUUCUAUGCUUUUGACAACUCCAGCAAUAACUUGUACAAAGUAACAUAAGCGCUGUUUACCUUUGAUUAAUUAUUAAUGUAAAAUAUACGUUAAAACAUUUUUUAUGAUAAUUAUCAUAAUUUUAAUUAGAAUAUUAUUGUGUUAGCUACUUAGAUUAUAGGUAUUUUUACUCAUCCGUCAAAUAUGCAUAUACUAUAUUUUCAUAUGAAUAUAGAUUUCAAUAUUGUUAAUACCUGCCAUACCUUUCGCAUUUUCUUUUUCAAAAAAUUCAGUCUUAUUUCACAUUUUCCAAAAGAAUAUAUAAAUAAAUUAAUUACGUACUACAUUUUUUCAAUAUCACAAUUUAAAUCAAUUUUGUUUUUUUUUUAAAUUAUGUGAUCUACAUUUUCUUAAUUUGGAUGUCGAUAUGGGUGGUUAUUUAUUAAUUACUGAUUAUAUUGUAAAAAUUGGCUUUUCUUCAAAACCAUCCUGUGUAUAUUUAUCUCAUCGCAAUAUCUACAUAGUAUUUAAGUUUAAUAUAAAUAUAUUUAUUAUAUAGUGAGAUUAUAAUCUUCAUCUUCAUUCUUCAAAACAGGUAACACGGCACACCCACAUUUUAUUUAAGACAAUCUAUGAUAUGGUACAUGAUCACAUCAGUUCCUUCAAUGUAAAGAGGCUCUAUUUAUCUCAAUCUUUAAGUCUAUUUUCUCUGUAAUUUAUCUAUUAUUUCUUUUACUACAUACCCCCCGAGAUUAUGUAUAUAUUUAAACCAGGUAUUUUUUAAUUACGGAGAGAAAUGUUAUUUUUUAAAAUAAAAUCUUUAGUAAUUUUGAAGAAAAGAAACCGUCAAUUUUAAUCUUUCUAAUAAUUAACUAGCAUAGAAAAGUCUAUGAUUUUAAACUUACUAUUAAAUUUUAUUUUUUUUUACAAGCUUAAUAUGCUAAACCAACCUUCUCAUUGUGGAUUGUAAAUAUGUGAUUAUAUUUUAUUUAUGGCUGUGGAAAUUUUGUUAAAAUGCUACCAUAUGAAUGUGUACUAGAUUUUAUUUUACCCGUGUACCAAGUUUCAUUAAAAUACGUCCAGUCGAUUUUGCUCCAAGCAGUAACGUCAGUGCAUCGUUUAACCCUUUUACCGCAACACUUAAAAUUAGUUGUGCUGCCAGCGUGAAGCAUGGUGAAUCUAAAGUACAUACCUACAAGAAAUAGGGAUGUGCAACACAUUACAGUGAUUUUUGGUCGCAUAUAUACGACGCUCGCGAAAUGGCUGCGAAAGUGUUUGUCCGAUUAAUCCGACGUUCGCGGUGAAAGGGUUAAGAGAAAUCCCCAUUUAUUACUAUAAAUGGGGAUUUCUCUUAACCCUAUUGGUUGGAAAUGUAAAUCAAUGAUGCAAUGUCGCUUUUUUGUUGCCACUUUUUUUUACAUGUAGGUAGCUAUUACUAGCUAAGUUAAUGUAUAUAUUCAGAAUAAGCAAACUGUGAGCCAAGUUUAUCAUUUUGUAUUGUUGAUUUGGGACGAAUUACAUCCAAAUGAAAUAAAAAAUGUUAUAUUUUAUUUUUGUGCAUCGAAUAAAUGCCCAAACGGUA